AUGUCUGUAAAUGAUGAUCAGCAUAAUUUGAACGGACAUUCAGCAUCCUUUUACAUUGGUGUACGUCUGCGUCACGUCAUCGUUUGUAUAAUCAAAGCAUCUGGAUGCGGAAAAUCUAGAGAAUUGGCGAAUGUUUCUGGUCACUUUACUUCGCAAAAUUAUCCAGGAUUUUACUCUGACAAUUUAAAUUGUGAAUGGAGAAUCUAUUCUAAACGGAACCAUCUUAUUCAAUUGGAAUUUGAUGCCUUCGAUACAGAGAAGAACUUUGACAAGUUGUUGGUUUUCAGAGGAGUUAAUGCCAGAACACGAAAAUAUGUUGGAUACUAUAGUGGAAACAAAUCGGGCUCAGUGUAUCGAUCUCGAUAUCAUCAAAUAUCAAUAGUGUUCACUUCAGAUGAAUCAACCACAAGAUCGGGAUUCAACAUUUCAUAUAAGACGGGACCCCCUCAAACUCUAAAAGCGUGCCCAGGAAACUCAUAUAUUGUUGCUUUGGGAAUGGAGUCAGGCGAAAUAAAGGAUGGUCAAAUAUCUGCGUCUUCAGCUUUUUCUCAGCAGUGGAAACCAAGCUUAAGUCGUCUUAAUAAUCGAAGGGGUGCCUGGAUAAGUGCUAAAGCUGUUCUACCCCGACACAGAUCGUAUAAACUGCCUACAACACAGAACCAAUGGAUUCAAAUUGAUUUACUGAGAAAUCGUGUCGUAACUGGAAUUGUUACACAAGGAUUCAACUUGACGUCAGGAGAUUUAUUUGUUACAUCAUUUAGCAUCUUAUUUAGAAAAAGUAGGAAGACGUGGAGAGAAUAUAGAGAAGGAAUUGAUCCACGACUGAAGGUUUUUAAAGCAAACAUCGACGGUAGAACUUCUUGCAAUAUCCAAUUCAGUCAUCCUUUCGUUGCAAGAUAUUUGCGUAUUAUUCCACGCAGUUGGACAGGACAAUAUAUUGUGAUGAGAAUGGAAAUAUUGGGAUGUAGCGGAUCAACUAGUUUAGCUAAUGAUGAUGAAUGCGGAGAAGAUGAUUUUGAAUGUGGUGAUGGAACAUGCAUAAGUCGAGAAUUAAUUUGUGAUAAAAACAAUGAUUGUGACGACAAGAGUGAUGAAGUGGACUGUGCAAAAUGUCGAAACUUUCAGUUUAAAUGUGGAUCUGGAGAAUGUAUUCUACGCAAGAAACGAUGUGACGGGAGUAAAGAUUGCAGCGAUGCAACUGAUGAAAUGGGGUGUUCUCGUUGCCACGGGGAUGAUUUUCAGUGCCAUGACGAAAGUAUGUGUCUGAAAAUAAAACGAGUUUGUGACGAAUAUAAAGAUUGUGAUGAUUUUUCCGACGAAAGAAAUUGUAGUCAUUCGUGGUUGUGUCCUGUGCAUACCGAUUACAAAUGUUCUGAUCGUUCGUGUGUACCUGGCAUCAACUUAAAAUGUAACGGCUUUACAGACUGUGAUGAUUCUUCUGAUGAAAAUGAUUGUGGUGAGUUACAUUGUUAG